GUGGCAAGUGAACCAAACCAUGGCGGUGGUGAUCCUUCCAGCGCCCGGAGCCACUCCUUGAGGAGGAACAUGCCAUCUUUGGAUGCUUGGAGAUGCAAUUCGUUGGAGGCUUGUUUGGAUAACAUUGCAGGAUGACAUGAAUGCUGAGGCCCAGCGGCAUGGUACUGAUGAGCCAUUUGAAGCAGCAACAGGUGCAGACCGACGUCUUUGCCACGAACGCCUUGCUGAGCGCCGCGGAGAAAGUUUCAUCUUGGAAGGAGGCGUUGCUCUUGGCGCCGCUGACGCAUGAGGUCGAUGAGGUGAGCCUCGGCUCCCUGGUGGCCGCCUGCAACGGCGCCGGCUUCUGGGAGGCGGCCUGGCAGCUCUUUGCGGAGCUGCGGCCCAGGAGAUUGGUUGCCAGCGAUGUUACCUUGAAUGCCGUAACAACUGCAGCACAACAAGGGAACAAGUGGCGUUCUGCGCUGAAGUUUUUCCGCUCAAGCAGGGACGCGAAGAACGCGCUGCUGAGCGCAUGCAGCGCAGGCUUGGCAUGGCAGAUGGCUUUGGAUUUGCUUCGGGCCGACCUGACAGGCCCCACUACUGGCCGUGCUGCAACCCUCGAUGCCUGCGCCAAGAGUAGUCACUGGCCGUUUGCCGUGCUCCUCUUCGCUUCCGAUGCGGUGGCCCUCACUUCGCUGGCCACUGCACAAUGGCACCUCGGAGGAAACAUCACGGCGUUGUUGCAGCAGCUGGCCGAGCGCGGCAUGCAAGCGCUGAGGGACGAAAAAGAAUGCCCUUGUGACAUUGGAAAA